UUGGCGCUGCAAACGGACGGGAUCUCGAAACACUUCGGCGCGGUGCGGGCGGUUGAUGAGCUGAGCCUGUCGAUCCCGAGGCAGGGCACUACCAGCAUCGUGGGGCCCAACGGCUCCGGCAAGUCGACGCUGGUAAACCUGCUGAGCGGGGUUCUGCCGCUGGACGGCGGGAUGGUGAUAAUCGACGGAGUGGGUCUGCGGGUGGUACGCGCGCACGAAACGCCGGCGCACGGGCUGACCCGCACCUUCCAGGAAGUGCGCCUGUUCGACCAGAUCACGGUGUGGGACAACAUCAUGGUAGUGCUCACGGAGCGACGCCUGUUCCCAUCCCUGCUGGAGCGGGUGAAACCGGCCACGCGGCAGAAGGCACAGCACAUCCUGGAGUCCGUGGGGAUGUGGGAGAAACGUGACUCCCUGGCGAUGGACCUGUCCUACGGCCAGCGCAAGCUGCUGGAGAUAGGGCGGGUCAUGGCGAUGGACGUGCAGACGUACCUGUUCGACGAGCCAUUCGCCGGCCUGUUCCCGCAGAUGGUAGAACGGGUCAAGGACAUAAUGAAGCAGAUGCGGGCGGACGGUUACACCAUUGUGUUCGUUUCACACAACAUGGAAAUCGUGCGCGAGCUGUCGGACCGGAUCAUCGUGCUGGACAGCGGGGCGCUGCUGGCCGCCGGCGAUGUGGAACCAGUUCUGGGAAGCGAAGAAGUUAUCGAGGCGUAUUUGGGCGCGUGA